GUUAGAGGCGGGUCUGACGAUUUCCAGAACCUUACUUUCUUCGCCGGGACGAUCUGCGGACCGACGCCGUCGAAACCAAUGUCGGCGCAGUAGAAAGCGCCCCAAAAAAGGAGCGCGAUGAGCGUUACAGAAAGGGUUCCGGACUCGACGCACCACUGGAGUGACUCCUACUCCUAUGUAGGUGUACAUGAACCUGCACACAUCGGUCUUCCUCGACACCAUCGUCAAGUAUCUCAGCAAACGCACCUCGGCCACCGCUCCAGGAUCCGGAAAAAGUCGCCCGUCAUGACGCACCUCCUCCUAGCAUCCCUUCACGUCUUCCUCUCAGCACUCGCCUGUGUUCUCGGCGCAUCAUGCAUAUUCUUACAAAGACUACGGGAGUCUGACUCCUGGAUGGUCGGAGCUAUGGGUGUUUCGGCCGGGACUCUUAUUUAUACUAGUCUUGUGGAACUCGUUGAAGAGGCAACGGACAAUUUGGUUGACAAAGGGGGGUGGCAUGGGACGGUUGUUUGGGGGAUGUUUGCUGUUGGGUGUGCUGCAACAAUGGGGAUCAAUGCGCUUUUGACGUACUUGAAUGGCAGCAACGAUGCAUGUGGAUAUCACGACCAUGCCACUGCAACUCACUGCAACACCGAUUCAAAUGAAGACUCGGAUGCAGAUUCACCCAACCAUGUCACACAUCCACAUCCACCCACCCAUGAGCACUCAACGAAACAAAAACCAGACUCACCACGGCCCUCCGAACCACAUCCCCACCAGCCAGCCUCCUCAUCGGCCAGCAACACAAUCCACUACAGCUAUCUCCACGAACCAGCAGUAGACAUGGGCAGCGACCCCAAUUUCAUCGAGGAAGUCGACUCCCACACCAUCUCAAUCCCCCACUCCUCCAUGGAGAACUACAAUGGGUACGGUUCCCCGCCCAGCUGUUCUGUUCAUCAUUCCCGCCCCUCCUGCAACCGCAGCGAAAGCACCCCGCUCCUCUCCAGCCUUCAUCGCCACGUCCGGCACAGAUCCUACUCAUUCACCCGCUUCUCAACAACCUCACGCCGGUACACCCCUAGUCCGCUCUCAUCCUCCCACACCCCUUCCCCGCUCUCCAGUAAAGAAACCCUCGACAGCCGCCAAGACCAACACCCCGAAAAUAACGAACCUCAAACAGAUAGACAGAUGUACAAUCUAGGCCUCUCAACAGCCCUCAGCAUCUCCCUCCACAAACUCCCCGAAGGCUUCAUCCUCUUCACAUCCUCAGCCUUCUACGACAAAUCACACACGGCCACGCUCAUAUUUCUCGCCCUGGCGCUGCAUAACUGCACAGAGGGCCUGGCGAUCGCCGUGCCGCUGUACAUGGCCUCACGGAGGAAGGUGUGGGCGUGGGGGUGGGCGUGCGUGUUGGGCGGGGUUGCGCAGCCCAUAGGGGCGGUUUUGAGCUGGGUCAUUCUCGGGAGGGUGUUUGCACGACGGGAUUCCUCUUCCGCUGGUCCAUGUCACGAGCCAUCACAGUCACAGGUGAUAUCACAGACGGAAGAGUGCGACCCCGACCCCCUCCAAGGAACAGAAACCUUCUUUGGCCUCCUCUUCGCGUUCGUGGCCGGCAUGAUGCUCUGGGUCGCCGUGGACGGGCUGCUACCCGCCGCGUGGGGGAUUGUGGGCGACGACGUAGGCAAGCGGAGGGUUAUGAGUUGGAGUAUUGUUUUGGGGUUGUUGUUGAUGGGGGUUUGUUCCGCUCUUACGGGGGAGUGAUGUGUCAGGCGUGUUUUGCGGGAGGCGGGCGUUAUUGAGCAGGUUUUCUAUUUUGUCAAUGGGUCGUACCCCGCUGAGGGCGGAACUUGUAUAGCUUUUUGCGUUGUUCUUGUAUAUAUGCGUGCGCUAUCAUUAUUGAAUACAGUACCACUCCUAUCGUCUGGAUUCGAGC